CUCUGUCUUCACGCCUCGAAAUAUAAUAUAUAUUUACAAUAGGGCAAUUAGAAUCUCUUGGUGCGAUCGCACAGAUGCAAGUUUUGUUGUUUAAUUUUCAUCGUGCGACAACUUGUUUGUAUUAUGCUGCGUUGGAAAUUAAUAUUAGCCUUGAAGAAGACAGUUUGGUGAAUCCAGCUUUGUUUGGCCAAAGCAGGUGGAGUGUUCUGUUUGGAUGGUAACUUGAAUAUUUCGUAACUUCUGCUUUUGUGUUGUACCCCGGGCUGAGAGAUAAGACAUCGGGUUUUUGCGGUUAAUUGCUCACUUUUGUAAAGAAGGCACUGUUUGAGUUUGGCGGUACAUCUCUCCACUGAAAUCUCCUAAAAUUAGCUCGAGUUUAAUGUAGAACAUUGACAAUCCCCGUCAUAAACCUAUCUGUUCUGGCGAUUUCAGAAUAGACUUGAACAAGUGUUGUGAAAAUGUGAUUCUUUUUUUAUUAUUAUUUUUUGUUACUGGUUAUUAGAUAGGGGGAGGAGACAUUGAAAACCCGCCAUCUUGACUUUGGUUUGAUUUCCAACAUUGAUCGACAAUCUAAUUCUCCUUUACAAAAUAAUUGAAAUCUAGUUUCUCCAUACAAAAUCAGUAAAUGUCCUAACAGACACGUAACGAGAAUGAACAGAAUCAUCAGCGAUUAGAUAUCGUCUUCAUGUAUUACCUAAUUCUCACAACUUUUUUAUGAGAGUCGUAUGGACAGCAGUUGGGAGAAUUGGUAUUGAGGUGAAAGUUAAAUAACGUGCCAAACACUUCAAGUAUUCUUUAAUUGUACGAGUAUUGUGUACCACCCUUACGACAGCAAGGCUUUGUUUGGUCGCCAUUCAAACACAGCUGCCAUGAAACUACAAUGAAGUCGAUAUAUGUCUCCUUCGGUUACCUAUUUUACGCUGUCAAUUUUAGGAAGCCGUGAAAAGAGUGAGGUUGCUUUCACUAUCGAACUGGCGUGUGAAGUAAGCAGCACUGAAAAUAUCACAGCUGAAGACGCUGGCAAAAUGGCUAUCAAUGAAAGUUCCUCUGUUCCAGACUUCACGAAAUAUUCCAUAGAAACGGUGGAUAUUGUAUUUGCUGUUCUUUACGGUUUUGUCGUAUUCAUUGGUUUGAUAGGGAAUUGUUUGGUUAUAAUUGUGGUGUACAGAACAAGAUCCAUGCAUACAACGACAAACUUCCUUCUCGUCAACCUAGCUGUGAGCGAUGUGAUUACUUUGCUAUGGUGCCCGAGGACUUACACUUUCGCGUUUUAUCCCAUCCAUCCUACUGGAAGUCUGGGCGACUACAUCUGCAAGAUCUUCACGGGCAAUGCGAUCAUAAGUGUGGCUAUCGCUAGUUCUGUAGUAACGCUGACGAUUCUCGCCACAGAGAGAUACCAUGCGCUUAUGAAACCAAUGCAAAGCGAACUUCGACUGACGCUCGAGCGAGUUAAAUAUGUUAUCGGCAUUACAUGGAUCGUAGCUAUCUUAAUAAGUUUACCAGCCUUUUCACAGAACAAGUACAGUGAACGAUAUGGCCGAUGCGUUUGCCCGUUUAGCUUGCAAAUCGCGAAUUCGCUGAAGGAACAUGUGAUCUGUACGGUCAUUUUGCUUGGUUUUUUACCAUUUCUGAUCUUGGCUUAUUGUUAUUUCCAAAUAAUUCGUGGCUUGUUUUUCAAGAACACCGUGUGUUCGAGAGCGCCAUCUGGAAGUAGUGAUCAUCAAACCAAAAAACGACUCGCUAAACUUUUAAUCAGCGUUACAGCCGCGUUUUACGUGUGUUACUUGCCGUACGGAGUCUUUAUCUUGUAUAUCGCGCUACAAGAUCGCUCAAAGCUAGUCGUCGACGAAAAAACCCUUUCAGUGCUAUUACGUUUGUUUGAGUUUCUAGUCACGUCAAGUUCUUGUUUAAACCCUAUACUUUACGCUUUUCGUAGCUCAAAUUAUUGGGCAGGGUUUAAAAAGAUUUUUGCGAAGCGCAAUGCAGUCCAGUCCACGGGAAAAUUAUCCUCUGUUUAUCGCGAAUCUCCGGAGCUUAUGUUUUCCACAGCGCUUUAGAAAUGUCACACUUAUCCGACAAGUUGUGUUCCAAAGUUUGUUUUGUGAACAAGACUUUAUAAUGUUUCUUUGUAUUGGGCUAAAGCUCUUGUGCAAAGCGCUCACUCUGCAAAUAUUAAAUUAUAGUCCUUUGCUAGGAUGAAAAAUUGAUGUACGGAAAGCAUUGACGGGGUUAGGUUAAUAAAAGAGGACAUUCCCCAUUUAUGUUAUUUAAGUAUAUACUUCUCAGAUAAAAUUAGUCGUUUUAGAAGCGAAACAUGUUUGUUUGCCGAAAAUUUUCAUUAAAACCGGAGACACAUGAAACUUGCUUUCGGAAUUCGUUUAUUUAACAAAGCUUCAAACGCCUUCCAAACUAAAAUGUGGUGUUCCAAUUUGAUAAAAUUCAGAGUAA